AUGGUCAAGUGAAUGUCAUGUUUUUGCAAUUUGGAAAGAAAGGGAGCGAACGACAAGCUUGACGACAAGAAAGAGCGAAGGGUGUUAGAAACUCUUUCGUUAAUCCCUUUCGGUUAGGGUUUGGUCUCUUUUCUCACAUAAACCACCGCGAUCACAACAAACACACGGCACCAUAAUAGCAAUUGUGCCACGCCUAAGCCUCAUUCCUAGUCACCGCCGGCGACCCUUUUCGUUUUGGUGAAUUGCAGAUUGGGGCAUUGUUAGGGGACUAGGGUUUAAGGAAGCUUUUGUUUUGGAUCAUUUGGUGUUUGCUGGAGCAUGUGAGAUUGUGAUUUUUGUAAUUUGGCUCAGUGAUUGUGAGAAGAAGAUUGUUGGGGCAAAAUGACAAUACCCAAACGAAGCUAUUCUCGAAUUGACACAUUGGAGCUGAAAGCUCUGAUUGUUCGGAAAAUUGGUCAUCAGAGAGCUGACAAGUACUUUGAUCAGCUUCGAAGGUUAUUGAGUUUAAAGAUAAGCAAGUCAGAGUUUGACAGGAUCUGCAUCACGAUAAUGGGGAGAGAAAAUAUUCCUCUUCAUAAUCGACUCAUUCAAGCGAUUCUGAAGAAUGCUUAUCUUGCUAAAGUUCCACCUGUUAGAGGCUCUCCAAGAGGAGGAAGUGCAUCCAGUGCAAAGGAUUCAAAUGGGUUGCAAAGAGGCUCCAUUCAAACAAUGUUUGGGGAUGCGUUUCCUCCUUCCAUGCGGAGGAUAGGCUCUUUGGCUGCUCGAGACCGAGACCGGAGGUUUAAGUGCCGCCAAAAUGGUUUGUGGCCGCUGGGAAAGCCCCAAUUUGGUCUCGCGUCUGAAGAAAUGAUGCAUAAGACACUGGAGCAGCAGAGUGCAACAGAACUGAAUUCCCUUGGCAGCAGACCUCCAAUUUCUGUUGAAGAAGGAGAGGAGGUUGAACAGAUGGCUGGAAGCCCCAGCAUUCAGAGUAGGAGCCCAGUUACAGCUCCUCUUGGUAUACCCAUGAAUUUCAGUCGAUGCCGUAGACUUCAUUCUAAUGUAUCAUUAUGUAGCAAAGAUUUCCCAGAGAGCUGUCACGGCAAUGGACAUCUCCCUGACACCAGGUCUUUGAGGAGCCGUUUGGAGCAAAAGAUGGAGAAGGAGGGUUUAACUGUCUCAGUGGAUUGUGUAAAUCUAUUGAAUAAUGCAUUGGAUUCGUACUUGAAGAGGUUGAUUGAGUCCUUUAUGGAUUUAGCUGGGUCAAGAUCUGGGAAUGAGCACGUAAGACAACAAAACAGACAGUUGGUAACCGGUUCAAAUGUAUUGCUACCUGGAAGAUGUAUGCAGACAGCGACAAGAUCUACUGUUGCAUCUGCUUUAGAUUUUCGUCUUGCAAUGGAAUUAAAUCCACAAGUUCUUGGACCAGAUUGGCCAAUACAACUCGAGAAGAUUUGCAUUCGAGCCGCCGAAGAGUGAAGCUGCCUUUGUUAGCUGUAGAUUAGAAUUUUACUGGUAGAUGAAAUCAGAAGGGAAAGAAUGGGUAGUUUGCAAUUGUUGAAAGCUCGGAGCGUUGAAGCAUUUACUUAAGCUGACAUUUGGAUUUUUGUCUUUUCCUGGGAUCGCACAAUUUACCAAAAUAGAAUAAACUAUAGCAUUUUAGAUAUAGGAUUAAUGAUUGCUAGGGAGUGAGUCAUGUUAAUACAAAAAAUGUGAACUUCUAUCGGAUUAAGAAGUUCACUGUUUCAUACUUUCAUGAGGAUCACCAUUUUCCAAUGGUAUCUAGUUCUAAUUCUUGUUUCUGUCUUCAUUUCUUGUACUUGUUUUAGUUCAACCAAUUUUCAUUGAAAUAAAACGAAGGUUUCAUAAUUGCA